AUGCAACAAACAAAUGGAAGGGAAAAUCUACUUAAAUUUCUCAAAUUGAAAACUCCCAUUAAAAAGCCACUACACAAAUUGCUCACCCAUAUUUCUGGUUAUUUUCAUGAUGAAUAUAUUGAUGGUGAAUGUUUGAGUGAGGAAGAUAAUGAUGAUCCGAAUCGAUGUAACGAUUGUCCAACAAUUAAAGACAUUGUUCCGAUAUUUAGAUCAUUGCCAUUACCUGUUCAAGUUCAUAUGUUUACUAAUUUUGUUGUUAAUUUAUUGUGUUUAGAUGAAGCAUCAGUGACUGGAAGAGAAUUUGUCGACAGACGUGAUUUGAAUAAUAAUAAUAAUGUUAGACUCGAUUAUGAAGAUAUGUUCAGUGGAUUGCCAGAAGAGAAAGUUAAGGAAAAGGAGAUUUUGAGUUGUUUUAUUGUCUACUUGUUUUUUAAAAGAUAUGCCAUGACGAGGUUAGGUUUGGAAUUAGAAUUUUUCUUUGAUUCGGAAAAUGUCAUGUCUUGGAAUGAUAGAGAAAUGUUUUCUGAGGUGUUUAAAGAAUUGAAUCUUGAUUAUAAGGAAUUGAGAAAAGUUUCCAAAGAAGAGUUGAAUUUGAACCAAUUAAAAAAGUCGAAAGAUGGAGACAUGUGGUAUAAAUUAGUAUUAAUGAUCCACGAGGAAUUCUUUGAGGAUUUGUCAGAUGAGGCCAAACAAUUCAGAGAAAAGAUUUCAAAUAUUGUUUUUAAUGAAAUGGAUAGAGCUAAAUCUAAUUGUGAAGAGUAUACUUUAUUGCAAAAUUGGCAUACUGAUAUUGUUUCUAAUUAUGCAAAGAUUUAUAGAAAGAAUCAACCACAUAAGGAUUUAUUGAAACUUGGAAUUGUUUGUCAAACUUCAUCUCUUCACAAUUCUGCAAGCCAAGAUAAACAUGUCAAUUACUUUUGGGAUAAUAUCAAGAAUGUGGAUAAUUUAGGAAAUGUUCAAAUGGGUUUAUUCUCUCCCUCACCAAGAGCAUACUUUACAUUCUGUUGUUAUGGAGCUAAGAUGAAGCAACAUAAUUAUGACUUUGGCGAUCCAAAACAGAAAUUGAGAGGAUUCUUUGCCAUGUGUGACUAUCAUAGAAAACAUUCACUCUUUAUCAACAGCUUUUGUGUGGGUCCAUACGUUGUCGAGUUCAAAAGAUUUCCUAUUCUAUCUCAUUUCAACCACGAAAAGUGUAAGAUGUGCAAUACAAAGGGAAAACUCUGUCAGGCCUGUAAAUCUGUAAGGUAUUGUAGUUUGGCAUGCCAGAAAUCUGACUGGAACUCUCACAAGCAAAAUUGUAAAAUAUAUCAAUUAUUUUUGUAA